UGCCACCCUCGGCAAAGUCCUUGUUAAAAACACCGGAGGCGCUGCGGGCGGGGUUGCAGAACGCCUGUUGCACCUUCCGCGCCACGUUCUCCGCCUUCCCUCGCUGAGAAAUACCGGUGUCCCGUAUGGCUCCCACCCCGGGUGCCCCUCCGCGGACCAGCAGCGCCCCCUGGCCCGAGCCGCGCGCGCCCGGGCCCGCAGAGCUGCCCCGGCGUCCGGGUCCCGCCGAGCGCUUCUCGCUGUGCUCCUCCCGGGGAGUCAGAGCCCAGGUUGUCUGCCUGCCGCAGGAGCCCUAGCGCCCGGAACCCCGGUAGCGUGCUCGGAAGGGGCGUGGGUUACUUAUACUCGCGCCAGGGGGACGAGCGGUUCGGCCUCCAGUCGCCCCUACGCGAAGAACGGAGACUGCGGCUCCGCGCGGACGCAGCGACGUUGCGGGCUUUGUUCGGCAUUGUCUGCGCUCACCUGAGCACUGCCGCCAGGCGCGCGCACCUCUCCGGGCAGCCGGCAGACAACGUCCCGGGGGAAAACGCACGCGGUGCACGCCUCCUUCGGGCUUCCUGGAUGCUUUGGGGAGAACUGGCCGUGGUUUUGGGAAGGGGAGCGUAGAGGGUCCCUCAGCGGCCCCUCCCUUGAGUCCCUGGCACUGGAGCAUCGGGCUGAGGGGCAAAAACUGCAGGUCAUCUGAAUCGUGCAUCGGAUCUUUGUGACGGAAACGAUAAGGGUACCUCUCCUAGGCCUGGCAGCUAAUGGCAGAAGGACGACACCCCAGCCAUAUCAACAUGCCCUCUGUGCUGUUGUUGGAAGCCGUCUGCAUCUUCCUGUUUGCUGGAGCGCCCCCCACCUUCCCCCUUCAGGAAAUCCAAGUCGGCAGGGAGACCAUUGGGAAGAUUUCAGCCGCCAGCAGACUUACGUGGUGCUCGGCUGCAGUGGACAUCCUGUUUCUGUUAGAUGGCUCUCACAGCAUCGGGAAAGGGAGCUUCGAAAGGGCCAAGCACUUUGCCAUCACGGUCUGUGACGCUCUGGACGUCAGCCCAGAUAGAGUCAGGGUGGGAGCAGUCCAGUUCAGUUCCACUCCAUGGUUGGAAUUCCCCUUGGACGCCUGGUCAACCCAACAGGAAGUGAAGACAGAACUCAAGAGGAUAGUGUUCAGAGGAGGGCGCACAGAGACAGACCUCGCUCUGAAGUAUUUUCUGCGCAAAGGCUUUCCUGGGGGCAGAAACGCCUCUGUGCCACAGGUGCUCAUCAUCAUCACUGAUGGGAGGUCCCAAGGGCACGUGGCGUUGCCCGCCAAGCAGCUGCAGGAAAGAGGCAUCACCGUGUUUGCUGUGGGGGUCCGUUUUCCCAGGUGGGAGGAGCUGCACACGCUGGCCAGUGAGCCCAGGGAGCAGCACGUGCUGAUGGCCGAGCAGGUGGAGGACGCCACCAACGGCCUCUUCAGCACCCUCGGCAGCUCCGACAUCUGCACCUUUGCCUCUCCAGACUGCAAGGUCCAGCCUCACCCCUGUGAGCGCAAGACGCUGGAGACGGUCAGGGAGCUUGUCGGCAACGCCAUGUGCUGGAGAGGAUCUCGCGGGACCAAUGGCGUGCUGGCUGCACCCUGUCCCUUCUCCAGCUGGAAGAAAGUGUUCUUAACCCACCCUGCCACCUGCUACAGGACCAUCUGCCCAGGCCCUUGUGACUCACAGCCUUGCCGGAAUGGAGGCACGUGUGUUCCAGAAGGACUGGACAGGUACCACUGCCUCUGCCCACCCGCCUUCAGAGGGGAGGCUAACUGCGCCCCGACGCUAAGCCUGCAAUGCAGAAUCGAUGUCCUCUUCCUGCUGGCCAGCUCGGCGGGCACCACGCCGGAGGGCUUCCUGCAGGCCAAGGCCUUCGUGAAGCGGUUUGUGCAGGCGUCGCUCAAUGAGGACUCGAGGGCCCGUGUGGGUGUGGCCCGGUACAGCCAGGAGCUGGAGGUGGCAGUGCCCGUGGGCGAGUACCAGGACGUGCCCCACCUGGUCAGGAGCCUGGAUGCCAUCCCCUUCAGCGGAGGUGCCACGCUCACAGGCAGGGCCCUGCGACAGGUGGCAGAGCGUGGCUUUGGGAGCGCCCGCAGGACCGGCCAGGAUCGUCCUCGCCGAGUGGUGGUCCUGCUCACGGAGUCACGCUCUGAGGACGAGGUGGCCGGCCCGGCGCGUCACGCGAGGGCCCAAGAGCUGCUCCUGUUGGGCAUGGGCAGCGAGGCCGUGCGGGCGGAGCUGGAGGAGAUCACGGGCAGCCCAGAGCACGUCAUGGUCUAUGCCGACCCCCAGGACCUGUUCGACCAAAUCCCAGAGCUGCAGGGGAAGCUGUGUAGCCGGCCGCGGCCAGGCUGCCAGGCACAGUCACUGGACCUGGUCUUCGUGCUGGACGCCUCGGCCUCCGUGGGGCCUGAGAAUUUCGCCCAGAUGCAGAGCUUCGUGAGAAGCUGCACCCUCCAAUUUGACGUGAACCCUGAUGUGACACAGAUCGGCCUGGUGGCAUACGGCAGCCAGGUCCAGACAGUUUUCGGGCUGGACAGCCACGUCACCCGUCCUGCAGUGCUGCGGGCCAUGAGCCAGGCCCCCUACCUGGGUGGGGUGGGCUCGGCAGGCACAGCCUUGCUGCAUAUCUAUGACAAGGUGAUGACUGUUCAGAGGGGCGCCCGGCCUGGUGUCCCCAAGGCUGUGGUGGUGCUCACAGGUGGGCGGGGGGCAGAGGAUGCAGCUGUCCCUGCCCAGAAGCUGAGGAACAAUGGCGUGUCUGUCUUGGUGGUGGGCGUGGGGGCUGUGCUGAGGGACUCCCUGCGGAGGCUUGCGGGUCCCCGGGACUCCCUGAUCCACGUGGCGGCCUACACAGACCUGAGGUUUCACCAGGACACACUCGUCAAGUGGCUCUGUGGAGAAGCCAAGCGGCCCAUCAACCUCUGCAAACCCAGCCCUUGCAUGAAUGAGGGCACCUGUGUCCUGCGCAACGGGAGUUACCUCUGCACGUGCCGAGAUGGUUGGGAGGGCCCCCACUGCGAGAACCGAGCCAUGAGAGGAGAUGCCCUCCAGCCACGGGGCUCCCGCCGCCGACAGCCUGCAGCUGGGCAUCAGCCAGGCCCCACCCAGCACCUCCGGAGAAGGCCUGGCCACCAGGGACGCUGAAAGGACGCCUGGCCUCAGCGGAGCAUCCCGUCUUGGGGUCCUGUGUGCACAAGCCUCCUGCUCUGUCCCGGACCCUUCCGCCCACUUCCCUCACCCAGGGAGAAGAGAUGUCCCAGCUACAGACUGCGCUGCUUAGGGACACGGUAGCAGUUGGCUUCACCCCCUAAUGACGAUGUUGAAAACUCCUGACAUGUAAGUAAAUGUUUGCUUUCUGUACCCAGCUGUGCCCUGUUGAGCUUGUCCCCGGUCACCUGCCCCUUGAGGAGAAACAAAGGACCCUGGAGACUUUGGAGGGCCUGUGUGAAGCUCACUUGGCCCACCCAGCAGAUGGCCCGUAGAUUGUUGUUGGGACAGUGACGCUCACAAGGAGGCAGUGACUAGAGGAUCGUUGGGACCUGUCGCGAUGGCAUUUCAAGACGGAGAAAGUGUGGACCUUUUCACACAUCCUUCCAUAAAGAUGUCCUAGAGGCAUUCGUGUUUCGGGUUCGAAAAGGAACUUAGCAGCAUUUGUGAUUUCUGCCUGCCGGAUCUGUGUCGGGGAGAGACUCAGAAAAGCCCCAGACUGGACUGUGACUGAUCCACCAGCCUGUCUGACUGUGGGGGAGGGGCUAAGGGCGCAAACAGCCCUGGUUCUGAGGGGCCGUGUGCAGCUGGCCUGGGUGCCAGGCCACAUUCUCUUGGAGGGUGGUGCGAGGGCUUCCUUCAGAGUUUGCUUAGCAGGGGUGAGUUGUGGGGUGUUUACUGGGUGCUUUGCUUACUCUCCUUUUAGUGGGGCAAAGAGUGGUCGAAUUCUUAAACUCAGCAAAUAGAGGAGAAAGACACUUUAGAGGGCUUUCGUUUUUUUAUGCAGGUCUUAUGCCGUGUUUUAUGCAGGUCUAGGGCCGUGUUUUGCUUUUGUAUGUGUGGUUUUUAAAGGAUGUGAAGAAACGAUGUUGGGUAUUUAUUGAACGGAAGUAUCUGUAUCGAUAUGGCAAAGAGGUGUAUAUUGGAAUGCGCUCUGGCAAACCCGGCCUCCCUCACCCCUGCUGUGUGUAUGCAGGCGUCAGUUCUUCUUCCCCGGUUGUGUUGUUCCGGGCUCAGUUUUCAGUAAACACUGUCGGCGAGCUCUGACCUAAACCCAGUCACUGUCACAGCCUUUCCCUUUAAUAUAGGUAAUGCCAUGCUUUAUAUGCCAAUGAUCAGGCUGCUCCUUCUAGAGUGUCAGGAUUUCGGGUGCUGGGGAAGCACUCGAGAGAGGUGAUCACCGUGGAAAUAAAAUGUCUCCUGUGCGAAGACCGUCACCACAGUCCUUUGGGAUAGUUUCAUUGCUGACAUUAGCAACCUGAGUUUGGCAAGAGGCCACAUCAGAGCAAGGCCUCAUGUCCACCCACACCCAGCAGGUGCCGGUAGGUGAAGUUGGAGAACUGACAUGAAUCCCUUGUCUUUCAAACUCGCGGCAGUUUAAUCAUUUUAUACUGUGGGUUACCUGGUUCAAGGCUAUUUGGACGCCCCAUUUGAACUGUUUGGACUUAAAAAAAAAACCAAACACAAAACCCUGGGCUACAUAUUGAAGGCUUAGUGUUUCUAGUAUGAGGUCCUAGCUCUUGAAACUCUUUUAUUUAUUUUUUUACCUUUUCUAGUGAAGGCACCAUUGAGUAGGUGAAUCCUUUCAAUGUCCCAGUAGCAGCAAAGAGAAUUCAAGCCACCUUCUUUCUAUUAAAAGAAAUUGGCUUUUAAUUAUAUAGGAAAUUUAAAACAUUGCCAGUAAGCCAUAAAUCUUUUAUUUUCUCUCAAUGACCCUCAUUCCAGUCAACUUGCUGAACACACUUGUACGAAUAUUCGAUUCUUUCUCUUUUCUAGAAGAAUAUCAUUGACAAAUAAUGAGUUUCGUCUCUUCCUUUUGGAGCUUUAUACAUACUUUUCUCAUUAUUUUUGGGUUAUCUAGGACCUGCAGAGUAAUGUUUUAAAAACUAGUGGCAGUGGUGUGUAUCUGGACAUGCAGGACAUUUUCACCAUUAGGGAUUAUUUUCUGUGGAUCGCUUGUAAGGGUAAGAACGCUUCUAUUCCCAGAUUACAAAGAUUACCCAUUAGGCGUGUUGAGAUGUGUGCCGUGUUUCCCUCGUGAUGGUGCUUUUCACAUUUAACCUGGUCAUGUGGUAAGUUACCUGUAAGCAUAUUUUCGGUGGUUGACCCACCUUGAUUCCUUGGGUAAACACUGUGUGGUCAUGACCAUCAAACACAGCAUGAAUGUGCUUAUUUAAAACACGAUACACCUAAAAUCCGGCUCACUGAGAACACUGAUACAAUGAAAGAACCUGAGGCGACAGCAAAGGCCGACCCGACAGGGGGGCCUGACGUGCCUGGGCCACGGGAUUUGGUAAGUUACAAACAGAUGCUAUGAAUGUAGCGGUUUGAGAAAUAUGUACUCUCUGUUUUAGGAAGUCAGCAUAGCUCUAAUACCAAAACUCCAAAAGAAAAAUGCGAAAAAGAAAGCAAGCCUUAUUUUGGGGCAUAAUGAAAAAGUCUUACAGAAAAAUAUUGGCAGAUUUUGUCAUUUUAAAAAUAAGCACAUUUACGCUAGGAAUUUUCUUAAUUACUCCUUAGGCGACUUUCUGAGCACUGGUUUCCUUCCCCCAGGAAUUAUUCAGGAAUGCGUUUAACCACUAGGAGUAUUGAUUUUCAGUCAGUUGUAUGACCAGUUUCUGCAGGUGUUCUCUAGUGGAUUUGGUACAUGGUUAGUUAUACUAUGACAAUCCCGUGCUGCUAGAGUUAAAGAGACUUAACACCUCCGGCUAAGACCCCACUUUGUGGCUCUACCAGUUUUUAUGGCAUGUAUUUUGAAGCUCGGUGUGUAAAUAGCCACGAU